AUGUCGCGUUUCAUGAUGAUACUCUCUCUAGCUCUCAUUGUUCUCAUCAGCUCAUCAACCAUCCCGAAGACAGCAGCCACUCCACCAGCCAGGUACCAAAACUACAAAACGUUCGUAAGAACGGCAUGCAACUCGACAAAAUACCCUACGCUGUGCUACAAUUCUUUGUCCUCUUACUCCUCCACCAUCAAAUCCGAUCCAAUCAAACUCUGCAUAACUUCGCUCACCAUCAACGUCCAAUCAGCCAACAACGCCACGUCAGUUCUCUCUGACCUUUUCAAAAAGGCCAAAUCUACUUCCAGACGUGGCGUGAUGAUGAUCCUCGAGGACUGCGUGGAGGAGAUGAAGGACACUGUCGACGAGCUCAAGCAAGCCAUCGCUGAGCUGAAGAAACUCAAAGGCGGAGGAAAUUCUAAGCAGGAGUGUAUAAAGAACGUGAGGACAUGGGUGAGCUCGGCGUUGACCGACGAGGGCACGUGUACGGAUGGGUUCGAAGAGAGGAAAGGGAAUGUGGAGACGAAGAAGACGGUGAAGAAGACUGUUUCUGAGCUUUCAAAGAUAACAUGCAACUCUUUGGCCCUUAUUACUAAUUAUCUACGUUACUAA